AUGGAGACGGAGAAGUUAAAGGUGGAAAAGGAGAAGCUUGAGCUUGAGAAACAGAAACUUGCCUUUGAAAUCCAGCUAUUAGUGCGAAGGGCCAGCUACACAAUUGAGAAUGACAUCGUAUUGCCUUUCCUUGCCGUCAUACACCUGCUGAGGGAGAGGACCCUUGGAAAUAGCCCCACCAGACUGGUGGCAAAACAGCUAAAGGAGAACCAUGGGGAGGAGUGGCUUCACCACUUGGCGCACUACAUGGAGGAGUGCGCUGUCUUUGCUGAUCGCCCCAGCUUCCUCCCUGUUGCCUUUCAGGAGCCUCCAGAACCCAUUGAAGUGCCUACCAGCAAGUGGCUGUUGACCGUUUAUGGGAAGGACAUCAUAAGCCGUCUGGAUCAUAUUAAGAUCACGAAGAAGCUGGCCGGGCAUGCCUGGGGCACUGUGCAGUGGCUGUUCUCUGUUGCCAACAAGAGAGGACAGAUCCUCACCAGUGUCCUGACUGUCCAGGAAGGCCCUGAGAAGGGGCAGAGCAAGCUGCAGACCAGGUUUGGAGGAUGGCCUAACCUGAACAUCAGGCUGGACAUCUGGCACUUUGUGGCGACUGGCUACAGGGCACCGCCACCACCAAGUGCUCACCAGAACUAUAAAACUACCAUUUUUAUUUGCAAAGAAUUCACUCUGCACUUAAUAAUAUGCCUGCUUACAAUCUCCAGUUUAUGGCCUUAUUUCUUAACAGGAACCAGCACAAACACCCUGAAUAUUCAGCUCUAUCUCCUGGAAGGCCUGAACAGGUGGAACCAGGACCGGGCAGCAGCUUCCUUGGCCACCAAGCCAUCCUCUCUCGUCACUUAUGCAGGGGAGGUGGUGCACCAGUCUGAACAAACAAACAGUCUGAAGGUGUUUUGGAGGAAAUACAUUCCUUCUGGCCCCCUGCGAAGUACAUUGGGGAGCUUAUCGGAGUGGACUACCUACUCACUCAGACUGGACAGUCGCUUCAGAGGGUGGACCCAAAUGCUGAGGCAACAGACGAGCUGCUGGAGGAAGUUAAUGUGGUUAAGAGGAUUUGAGGAGGACCUAACUGAUGAUCCUACCUUGACCUCAUUGCUAGAAGAUCUCACAACAACUGCAGCCAGAAUUCACCCUGCUACUUCCUCCGCCCUGCCAGCUGACGCAGCGUCCUCCGCCCUGUCAGCCACUUCAAGCACUGAUAUGUCUACAAUUCCACCUGGUAUCAGUGCUCCAGAUUUUCCCACUCAAGUGACUGAGGAGAAUUUGAUAUGUAAAUAUCUCAGUAUUAGAAAACUCACUGAAUAAUACGUUACCAUUUGAACCUUUGAGCUAUCCUUUAAACAUUUGAGCCACUGCUAAAAAUAACAUACUGCCACAUGCAGACAGUUAACAGAUUUAUUCAACACACUCUUAGACUGUGGAUGAUCGAAUAUUAUCUGGUGAAGCUGAGGGAUCAAACUAGUCUAACCCUCAGCAGUCAGCAGGUGAGUGGCAUUUUUAAAAAGGAAUGAAAAGGAGAAGAAAGAAUCUCUUUUAUUUAAAAUAGCGUGGCUGGUCUGUCAAACAAUAUUGCAGGUAACUCAUCCAUGUUUGCAUUUUGACAAGCAGCGGGUGGUCUUUGCUGCCAGACACCAAGAAAGGCUGACCACAGAGAAAAAUUACAAAUCACUUAUUUCUCUUUAACUCGCCUUUCUUUUCUUUUUUCUUUCUUUUUCUCUCAUUUUUCCACUUUCCUCUUUCCUGCCUUCCCCUUCAAACAGACUAUUGUUCCCCAGCUUGUGACUGAAUAAAAUAAUGUUGCUCAACAUGGCGUACAUUUCAAGUUAUAUGUUUACACGCUGUUACUGACUGGGAUUUAUCUUGUAAAAUGUUAAAACGACACUACACAUCUUGCAUAAAAGCAGCCACAAUUACACGAUAUCCAACAAGAAUUUUAAAACAAGUUGCAUUUUAUAGCAAUAUUAUGCUUGCUGCUGAAGUACACUUUCCAUGAGGAUCCGAAACACAGGAGGAAACAGCAAGACAGCAGGUGGCGCCGCGCUUUCAAAAAUGAGGCGAAGACAGCCCUGUUGGUGCUAUUCGUCUCGCAAAGGAAUAUUUACACGGUAUUUCAUGAACAUCACAGUUCUGCGUUGUUUUUAUGACAAACGUUUGUAAACGGACAUGACGCCAUGUUUCUAACUCUGACAGGGUUAAAAGGGGACUUGCUGGCACUGAGGUAUAUUGUUGCUGAACGGGAGGAAAUUGACGAACGCGUACAAGCACAAACCGAUGACUGCACGUGUUUUCGAAAAAUGGUCACUCGCUCAGUGAUGAGCCUCUUAUGAUGGAGAUGAUGGAUGUUUUAGCCAACAUUUGCCCAUUACGCAGUGGAGAGACCCGGCCCAAUAUUCAGCCGAAAUAUUACAAGCAGUAAACACUAAUGGUGCUGUGUAGCAUGGUGUUUUGAUUUUUUAUUUUUUUUUGGUUUCCAAAAUCAUGUA